AAACCCUUUACUGCAAUUCUCCUUUCAUCUUCCUCGACGUCGUGGCCGCUGAAACCGUCACCGGAAACCCGAAGAUUACGUCGGAGGCAGUGAUGGCUACCUUGGAAUGAGAUUACUGUGAUUGUUUUGUUUCUCACUGUCUAAGUAAUAGUCUUCAUUUCGAAGCUUGAUGAUGAUUUUGAUCUUGUUUUUUUCGCAAACUGAAGCUUAAGAGGCAUUCUUUUGCUCACUUGAUUCAUGUUAAUCUGCUUAUGGAAUUUGAUCAUAUGUUCUGCUGCUGGUGUUUUUGGAUUGAGAUUUUGAGCGACAACAUACUGGCAAAAGAAAAUCGAAAAUAGCAUUGUAAAAACAUAGUUUGAAUCUGCAUUUGAAGAAAGUUUCUGGAAAAAUGCAGAAUCUUUCUCGUAUCAUUUCACGUCUUUCAUCCACUUCGCUUGGCACAACUGUGAGUGCAGCUAGAAUCUUGAAGGAGAAAACAGCGCCCAAAGUUGGAAAUGAUACAUUAAAGACUGGACGUGAGACAUAUCAAGUUGUCAGAUCACAUGCUUUUUCUGGGAAAUCUUGGGGAAGUAGUUUCAAUGGUGGGAAUCAAGAUAAUGAUGAAUGGGGGAGUGCUGUUGGUGGAAGUGGUUUGUCUGUCGGAACCACUUCUGAUGAUAUUGGAUGGGACACUGAUUCAUCAUGGUCCACUGGAUUGACUGAGGAGCAUUUUGAUGGGCAGGUUGUGGGCCGUCAAACUACUUCCGCUGCUGGUGCAGGAGAUGCAUAUCAAUCUUCAGUAAUUUCUAAUCUGCAGGAAAUUGAUGAUAAGAUAGAGGAGUUGGAAGCUGAGAAUAAAAGGAGCAAGCUUUACAUUGAUGGAUGGAAUCAGAGGAUGCAGGAGACAUGUAUUCUGCUGAAGCAAGUGCGGGAGCCUGGUGCAAGGGGCUCUUAUCUGAAGGACUCUGAAAAGGCUGAGAUGUACCGCCUGCACAAGGAGAAUCCUGAGGAAUACACGGUUGAGAGACUUGCCAAGGAUUACAGGAUUAUGAGACAGAGAGUGCAUGCAAUUCUUUGGCUGAAGGAGCUUGAGGAGGAAGAAGAGAAAAGGCUUGAUCAUCCCCUUGACGACUCUGUUGAGCUGUUGCUUGACACAUGCCCAGAGUUUUUUAUUUCUCAUGACCGGGAAUUCCAUGUGGCAUCCCUUCCUUAUAAACCUGACUUCAAGGUUAUGCCAGAGGGUUGGGAUGGUACCACCAGAGACCUAGAUGAAGUUCACUAUGAGAUUUCUAAGAAAGAGGAUGAAAUGUUGUAUAAAGAAUUUGUUGAAAGGAUGAACUUCAAUAAGAAGAAGAUGGCUGGUGAGGUGAAGUGCCACAAGUAUAGCAGGCGGCGUCCUGAUGAUGGAUGGAAGAUCACAGUCGAGAAACUGGGACCAAAAGGAAAACGUGGAGGUGGUGGUGGAUGGAAGUUUGUGAGCAUGCCUGAUGGGUCCAGCCGACCACUUGAUGAAAUGGAAAAAAUGUAUGUAAGACGAGAAACACCACGUCACAGGCGCAGGAUUCUCCCCUGAUGCACUCCAAACAACAUGCUAUUGAAGGACUCCUUGGUUUUCUGCAUUUUAUGAUUUGGAUUCUGGAUUUCUGGGGCAAUAGGGCAUCAUGCUGUGUCUACCGUUCUCCCCCUUAGCUUGCAGGACUUAUUUUUCCAGAAUAUAGUUAUGAAAUCUAGCUUUAAAUCUUGCCUUAUCUUUCCAUUCCCAAUAAUUAUUUCCUGUGUAAUGAUUACAAGAAUAAUUGUUAAUGAAAUGAUUUGUUGAUGGCUUCUGGCUAGCAUUCAGAUGAA